AUGACUCCACCCCAGACUAUGAUGGAUCCACUGACUAGGUUUACAGCCUCCAUGAUUGUAACUAUAAUGUCUCCUCAGAUGUUUCCCCAGAUUAUCUCCAGGAAAUGGAUUUUAUUUCUCCAUAGAAUCUGGUGCGGUUUAUCAUCGUCUCCUCUUCUUCCCUUCAGGUUUCUCCAAUCCAGGAUCCUCUGCUGAUAUCUUCUAUAUAAGAGAAUUCUCCUGGAUGACCCAUCAACCAUGGAGAGAGACAGGAACAAGAUGGCCGACAGGAUCAUAAACCUCACCCUACAGAUACUCUUCCGGCUUACUGGAGAGGAUUACACAGUAGUGAAGAAGUUCUCUAGUGGGCGCUGUCGGGCCCCUGUGUGUGAAGGAUGGGGAAGAACCCUGAGCCAAAUCCCGGGGCCCCCACCUCACUCCCUGAUACAUGAGGAAAUGGAUGAACAGAAGAUCCGAGAACUCAUCAACGAUCAAGAUGAUGGAGCUGCUGACUGGAGAGGUGACACUGCUGGGACAUUAUACAGUAAUGGAGGAGUCUGGUGAUGACCGGAGAGGUUCCUAUAAGGUGUCAGGACGUGGCGAUCUAUUUCUCCAUGGAGGAGUGGGAGUAUGUAGAAGGACACAAGGAUCAGUACAAGGAUCAGGUCAUGAUGGAGGAUCAGCAGCCCCUCACAUCACCAGUCAGAUCCAGUAAGAGAACAGCACCAGAGAGGUGUCCCCGUCCUCUUCUUCCACAGGAUGAUCAGGGAGAAGAUCCGAACAAUAUUAAUGCUCCAGAGACAGAUGUGAGCGGUGAUGAGCAGUAUAAGGAAAACAUUCCUACAGGGAAAGAUCUGAUCUAUAUUAAAGCUACAGACAUAAAGGAAGAAGAAGAGACAGAUGUGAGCGGUGAUGAGCAUUAUAAGGAGGAUAUUCCUACAGGGAAAGAUCUGAUCUAUAUUAAUGCUACAGACAUAAAGGAAGAAGAGACAGAUGUGAGCGGUGAUGAGAAGUGUAAGGAGGACAUUCUUACAUGGAAAGAUCUGAUCUAUAUUAAUGCUACAGAGAUAAAGGAAGAAGAAGUGACAGAUGUGAGCGGUGAUGAGUAGUAUAAGGAGGACAUUCCUUCAGGUAACCGCCCAGGUGAGUAGUAACCACUAAAUGCAGAGAACAGUCAUAGAUUCUUCUUGGUCACUGGCUGCAGUUAUUCUUGGGGGAUGUAAUGGUGUAACUAGAGUUUUUUGGGGGGCUUCAAAGCAAAUCUUAGACCACAGGCCCUUCUGUGCGCUCUUACUAUAGAUUCUUCACCUUUUAUGCCCCCUCACUAUUACUGUGCCCCACAGACUGUUCUGCAUCUUCUGUUCACCCCACACUGUGUAUAUACCCACUUUGUUCCAGUGGAAGAAUAAAUACCUCUCCCCAUCAUCCCCCAGAGCGGCUGUGUCCUCCGGCAGAUGUCACCUGGUGUUGGCUGCUUUAUGAUCUGAUCAUGUGGCCUGUACCUGGCAGACAUUACUAGCUGCUCCAGAACACUGCUGUAUACAAGUGGUGCGGAAAUCAUGGGGCAGAGAGACAAAGAAGCGGAGACAGUUGAAGCGGUGCUCCCCCGAGGAGCUGAGACAUAUACCCCGGACCCCCAGAGGAGCCCCCCCUGCAGCCAUGAUCAUUACACCCCUGGAUGGAAACAUUGCUGCUCACCAGAGACUAAGAGGAAGAGACCUAGAUGCCGGACGAUCAGUCAUAGACCCUAUGGGAAGGACAGUUCAGCUAAAGCCAUGUCAGCAAAGUGAA